GAACUGACAAGUUGUAGUUCUUAUCUUGCAUUUACACAUCUCUCUCUGCAACCGCCAUUCAAUUGCAAGCUUAGAAAUUAUGGACCAGAUUACUUCCGCCCUCGCUCCUUCCAGAAUCUCCCAAAAAACCGCCGUCUCUGGCUCAGCACCUGACGGUCCUGGUAGUGUGACAAAACGCCUGAGCAACGAGCUCAUGACCUUGAUGAUGUCAUCAUCUCCUGGUAUCUCCGCCUUCCCGAAAAGUGAUGCAAACCUGUUCGAAUGGGUGGGAACGAUAGAAGGCCCGGCUGGGACUAUUUAUGUUGGACUAUCAUUUCGAAUCUCCAUAUCAUUCCCCAGCAAUUACCCAUACUCGCCACCAACGAUCAAGUUCGACACUCCCUGUUAUCAUCCCAACGUUGACAUUGUAGGAGGGGCGAUCUGUCUUGACAUCUUGCAGGACAAGUGGUCCGCCGUUUAUAGCGUGCAAACCGUGUUAUUGUCGUUGCAAUCGCUACUAGGAGAACCCAACAAUGCUUCUCCGCUUAAUGGUGACGCUGCAGGGUUAUGGAAUCAGCCUGAAUCCUUCAAAGCUCAACUGCUGAAACACUACCGCCCGAUUGAGAGCUCCACAUGAUACUGUUCUCAUGAUGUAUCGCUUUGAUAGGUUAGGGCUGUUGGCUCUUUGUUAUUCUAUACGUCGAUCGUAGUGUUUUCGGACUGGCACAUUUGUAGAUGGCGAUAUGUUGCCCUUCUCGAUGUAUACCCCGCCUUUGUUUUCUGUGAUCCAAUGGGGUAAUCGGAAUUAAGCUUUGAAUGUGGAAGCUAAAUGCCAGCUUUUGCCAGCU